AUGUCGAUAAAGGCCAGCGACCACGUGAAACAACAGGCCCAGAGUCCGGAAGGGAACAAUAUCUCUUCCGCAGACCUCAAGAAGAAGUCGAAGAAAGGGAAGGGCAGGGACUCGCAGGCCGAGCGCGAUGAUGAUUCUGCAGUGACAUCCGAGAAGAAAAAGAAACAUAAGAAGGUUCACGUUGACGAUACCGACGCUACUGCAGUAGAAGGUCAGAGCACACCUGCAGUUACUGACACGGGCGAGGAGUCCACAAAACGAUCGAAGAGGCGAAAGCAAAAGUCGGACGCGACGGAACCUCCUACGCCUCAGCCCACACAGGACGAUGACUCUCCGGAUAAAGCAAAGAGCAAGAAGGGGAAACAGAAAGAGACACCGCGGGCUGAGUCUGGAGCCGCAGCCCAGCCCGAGGACGCAACCCAGACAACUAUCGAGGACGCAGAGAGCAGCAAGAAGCUGAAGAAGCUACGCAAGAAGGAGCGUCGACGCGCAGAAGAUGGAGGGGCAGAGGGCGCAGAUGCAGAAGAGCUUGUAGUUACAACCAAGGCCGAGCCAAAGAAACACAAACGGAAGCGUGAAGCCAAUGGCGCGGACGAGGAGAAAAAGCAAAAGAACAAACGCAAACGCGGUACUUCGGAAUUCGAAGACCCGAACGAAGACGAGUCGCUCAGCGAGCAGGCGCGUAAAGCUCUGCAUUACGCAUACUCUCAGUUCGAGGACCCAACGAGCUGGAAAUUCCAAAAGGCACGGCAGAACUGGCUUAUCCGGAAUGCAUGGUCACCAGAAGCCAUCCCGGAUGCAUAUGUGCACCUGCUAACGCGGUAUCUAGCCGACAUAAAGGGUGGAGUUCGUGAGGCACUCCUCAAGACAUGUCAGGAGAUCCUGGCGAAACAGCCUGAAAAUGCGCAACAGGACCAGACAGCUGAAAAGCCAUCCGAUGCCCAGCCCACUAGCACGCCUUCUGCGUCCACUGUAGACUUGGUCAAGCACGAACGCGCUUCCAAAAUAAUUGCAGUGUUGCAGUAG